AUGGCGGUGUUUCACGAUGAGGUGGAGAUCGAGGACUUCCAGUAUGAGAAGGACUCAGAGAGGUACUCCUACCUCUGCCCGUGUGGGGGUAACUUUUGCAUCACCUGGGAAGAUUUGACAAAUGGAGAAGACAUGGUGAAGUGCCCUAGCUGCUCUCUCAUCAUAAAAGUGAUUUAUGACAAAGAUCAGCUUAUGUGUGGAGAGACAGUCCCAGCCCCUUCCACCAGCAAAAAACUAGUUAAAUGCUAA